UUCCGAGUCUCCCCCGACUCCUUAUCUCUCGAGCAGAGAGUAAUCCUUUCUCUCUCUCUAGUUCUCAAUGUCGAAAGGUCCAGACCGUCUUGUGAAAGCAGUGCAGCAAUUCUGUGAUGCUAACUACAAAAACUUCACUGGUCGUUAUGGGCAACAAAUGAUUGACAUAUUUGAAUUCCCAUUACGAGUUGUUCUUUCACCUUUCACACUUGCUUAUGACAUUUCUGGUUCUGCUCAUCGUGGUUUUGGUAUUCCUAAACUCAUCUCCGAUCUUUCCUUCUCUGCUAUCUUCGUUGUUGCUACCCUAGGUACUUAUGACGUUGCUUUGGAGCUCGGAAAGAAGGUUAUAUGUCAAAGGGAUUGUCGCACUUGCAAUGGAUGGCAGGCAUUGCGAUGUACCAUGUGCAAAGGUACAGGGAAGGUGCACUAUCAAGUGAAGAACUAUACAUUGAGAAGUGGCGAGAAGGCAACAGCCGAGUGUAUUUCAGAUGCUAUAGCUGAUAACCGAGCAGAGUUGGUGCACUUUCCUUCUUCUAUUGAUCUGCAUUUGCCUUUACCCUGUAAGGAUUGCCCAACAUGCACUGGAUCGGGUGUCAUGAGCUGCCCUGAAUGUAAGCACAAGUUGCAAGUCAAGAUCUCUGCAGAUAACAUAAUGGAGCCACCGUGGAAAGCAUAUAAUGUCAUGAGAAAGAUGGAUUACCCCUAUGAGAACAUUCUUCACAGCAUGAAAGACCCUAGUGUUGCUGCGUUUUGGUUGAUUACGAUGCCUCAGAUAAUGGGAGGUUUCGAAUAUGAUGACGAGGUCAAGCAGAAAAUUUGGUGGCAAUAUAAGGAAUCUAUGCGUUAUGAUCAGCUCCGGGAUGUGGUAGCUAAGCGAGAACCUGGCUGGGAGCAUUUACAAGAAGGACUUAUAUCCGUAGAUCCAGACCGUGCAAAGGAUGAUCCAAUUAUCGUGAGGAACAUUCCUUAUUACAAAGCUAAGAAGGCACUGGAAUCAGAAGUCAUGAAACUUCAAGCUCCCCCACGACCACAAAAUUGGGGUGAGUUGAACCUUCCAUUGAAUACCUCUUCAUGGAGCGAGGAGGAGCUCAAAGAUCCAAAGAAAAUGUAUGAGAUGUCAGUCCUUCUCAACGCUCAAAGAGAAAUGGCAGACAAGAUGUUGGAUAAUCAGUGGGAAACAAAUUGGCGUCAAAACAAGUUGAAUGAGCUAUUGGAAGAGAAGGUUCGCCCAUAUCUUUCAAGCUUUGACAAUGGCGUCCUUCCUGGUCCUAUUGUUUUACAAUCCCAACCACAAGACCAAAAGAAAAGGACCAAGCAACGGCGAUGGUGGUUCUUUUGAUAAAAAGUAAAUCUUAGUUGCAGGUGCAUUUAGUAUGUAUGAAAAUUUUGUAUGUUGGUGUCAUAUGUUCUUUCUCCUAGUUCGUUACUGUGAGUAAUUUAGCUUAAUGCUCAGUAAAUGGUUUCGUGCUCUUUCUCCCCUAUACAGAGUAUCCAUGUAAGAGCCUGUACUUUCCUCACCGUGGUCUAUGCUGACGGGAGUUUUUUUGAAUGUAAACUUUGUUAUUUACAGUUUUACACGUCUAA